AUGAUGGCUAUAUCGGUACUGGAAAAUCCAUAUACAAAGGGUAUCAACGAGACAAUAGGCAUUGAUAUGAUGUUGGGCUUUUGGACAAGUAAGGGAUGUAGUUCUCCAACAACGCGGUGUUUGUUUUUAAAUGUUUGUUCGCACAUCACCACAUUGGAACUCACAAACAUUAAGACUUUUCGAAAUGUAUUCAGUUGUAUUCUUGAAUUAACGACCGACAUGAAUGUGUUGGUGAAAGAGAAUGCCUUGGUUGUAUUUCGCGACGUUUGGAAGAAAUUUAAUGACGUCAAUAAAGAAGAAGCAACGACAAUGACAACACACAUGUACGAAGUGCUAUUUACAACAGACUUUUUUGUGAGACGAGAAGGGUUGAGAGAUUUGACUGUAAUUCUUUCAAAACUGAAAGAACAUAACACAUUGUUUUCAUUUUCAGUUGUGCCAUAUUUAAUGAGUAUAUGCUCUUGUUUGACAAAUAGUGUGGAAGACUUAGAAAUUAAGGAAAGGGUAGUCAGUGUCUUAUCCAUGUGUGUUGAUCAUUGCAAUGAAUUGGUAUUAAAUAGUGUUGUUGACUUAUUUGAUUCCACCUUUAAGGCGAUUUCAUCACUUAAUUUGAAAGGCAAUGAAAUUUUGUUUAGGAGAGUUCUUGUUGCGUAUUCGAAGAUAGCAAAAACACACGCAGAAAUUGUAGAGAAGAGGAUGCAAAAGAAUUUAUUUAUUAACAAGAAAUUGAGGAAAUUAUUAGUUGGUGAGUUGAAGGAAGUUAGUGAGAAUUACGAAAAUGCACUAAGUACCAAGUUAAGUAUAAUUGAUCCAUUAAUUAUACAAAUGGGUGACAUUAACUACAGACAAGAGAAGUUAAGGAGACUUGCAAUUGAAACAUAUUCAAGACUGUGUAAAACUAUUCCCCUUUAUAUGCACAAGUUCUUCCCAGUUUAUAUGGAACUUUUAAUUCGACUCAUCACACCAGGUAAUCCAGUUAAAGUGCGAGCCACAGCACUCCAAGCAAUACCAAAUGCGUAUCUGUCAAUGUGGUAUUACGAGUUGCAAACGUACCCACGAGAGUUUGCUGUGAUUGAUGCGAUGAAGGUAUUAAGAGAAAUAUUUGUCGAAUUAGUUGGGCAGAGUACAGAUGAGAAUGAAAAGGUUCGAGUUGCUGUGUGUCGGUCGAUGGAGAAGUGUGUUAAGUUAACUGGAGAGCGUUUGAUGGACGAGGAAAUUGUUGAGAUGGUUAGUGAAGGGAUAUGCAACAUCCUCAAAACGACGAUUAAAAAGACGUCGCAGAUAUUAUCGAACCGGAGACAGUUUUUCUUACCAAUAACUGACUGUAUAAAAGUACAAAACAUUGGGGAAAUAACAAAUUGUUUGGGGAAUAUAUGUGAUUUGAUGGUCACAAAUAAGCAACCCAUGUUUUAUGAAAACUUACAGAAGAUCAUAGAUGUUGUGAAUGACAUACCUUUGACAAUAACAUGCGAAGUUGCCGUGUUUAUUUGUCAAUUAAACACUAUACUUACAAAGAAAAGUAAAACACCUCAAUAUACUAAAGACGCAUUUUCAUGGGGAAUUUAUGUGAUGAAAAAUUCAAAACAGUCGGCUGAUAUUUUGAAAGUGCUUUUGAAUUUAAAAACACUUCUUGUUGAUCAAAACACAGACUUUGAUAUGGAUGAAGUGCUUUACUCUCUAAUGGAACACGAGAAUAAAGACGUUAGAGAUACAAGUGUAUUAACCUACAGUAUAUUGAUUGACAGAAAAAACAAAUUUAUAACUAAAGCAAGUGUUAUGAAAUGGGCCAAACAACUUCCCAUUGAAAAAUACUCCCAAACGUUAAUAAAAGUGUUUUUCAAUAUGUUACCAAAAAGAAUAAUUGAUAUAACAAGAGAUAUUAAACGUAUUGGAAUAGCAAUAUGUAGCAAGAAGAGUUACUCAAAAAAUUGGAAGAUGGGUCUUGACAAUUUAAAUCUUGUGUACCAAUAUAUCACUGAAUGGUGUGAUGAGAUCAAGUUACUUAAAAAGAAAAGUACGUCCGAGCAAUUGAGUUUAGAAGACUUGAAAUACAUAUCAGAGACUGAGGAUUUAAUCUGUGGAAUUCCAUUUUAUUAA